AUGAGCAGGCUGCUGUGGGCGGAAGGACUUGGGAACAUGGUGCAGUCAGGCAGCCUCGUAGCCGCAGGCCUGGUGCUUUGUGCCUUAUGCCAGUGGGCACAGGGUCAGACUCUUCUUUUAUACCCAGCUGUUUCGGAGAAGCAGGCAAUGGUGUACAACAAGGACUUGGGUGAGCUGAGACCUGCCCGGGCCUCCUUGCCAUGGUUUGUGUGCUCGUCCCAAGGAUCAACAGUUUCCGGCAGCGAUCUGCCACCCUGUGCUUCCAACCUCACAAUGUACACAAACCUCAAAACGGCAGACAUCACAAUGCACUUUGUGAAUAGGAGUGGGCACCCAGUACAUUUCAGGCCAAGCCUUUUUGAGGUGUUAGUAGGAGAACAGCAAGGGGAGGCAAGGUUCAAGCCGAAGAGUACUGUUGAAUAUGCAAUCCCAUUGGAAUUCAACAAAGACGAUAGACCAAUUACUGUCAAGGCAAUGAAAGACAUAAAGCUGACACUGGCAAAGAGGGCCUUCAGGGAUUUUGCGGGCAAUGUUAAUGAACAGGGCGGCAGUGCAAUUGCAAGGUACAGGCCAACUGGGGGAAGUGCAACACAGGAAAUGGGAGCACGUCUUGCCACGAGGCAAAUUGUGCUGAGAGGUGAUGAGGUUGUUGUGGAAGAGCCACAGGAACAGCCACCUGAUGUUUCCGGUGCCAAGGCCCUGGGGACUGCUUCCUCUGUAAUGGUUGCAGCUGCUGCAGCAACGUCGAUGUCAGGUGGAGGUGGUGGUGGUGGUGGUGGUGGAGGUGGUGGGUUUCUGAACAUUCUAGGCCAGGCGCAGAAAGUGUUCAUGACAAGUUUGGUGGCCAUCCAGAACUUCCCUGAGAAUUAUGCUGCUUUUGCUGGCGAGAUGCAAUGGACUGUGUUCGAUGUCAACUCACCUUUUGAGAGCAAUGGCAAUGUCACUGCUGUCGGAAUCGACCGAGAGGAAGAUGGGGAUGAAGACGACUUCAACGAGCUGGAGAGUGAGAUGAAGGAGGAGGAAGAUGAAGACCCAAUGGAGCACCUUCUCAGGGUCCUGUUGUGGAUCGGCGCCACGUUCCUCCUUCUUGUAUUCUUACAUGCACUGCUGCUGAGCUGCUGCCUGUGCAGGCGGAGGCCAGUCCCCUGGAUGCUUGCCGUUCCACGUCUGGAAAUUAUGUUUGCUUUCUGGGCUGUGCCAGCAGUCACAAUCGCCAUAGCAGGACUUUAUAGAGGAGGUCUGGGCGAUGCGCUUCUGGCCACGUGGCUGCUUGUUCUGAUCCCAGCAUCAUUCCUAGUGUGGACUUUCUACAUGAUUUGGGCUUUCUUUUACAGCCAACCCACAAGAAGAAGGAAGGCUAACCUUGUCUUGGACGAUGAAGUCUUCCCAGACCACAAUGUCAAGGUCCUGGUGACUGGGACUGUCAAGGCAGUCAGAAAAAACGUUGUUAAGCAGGCUGGCACCAUGAAGCGCAAUCUGUCAGCACUGCCCCGUGGAAUGUCUCGCAACAUCAGAACUGUGCGCACCACAAGCUCAGGGAGCUCGCGCAGCGUUCAUGGCACUUCGCUGGGAACAGUUGCUGAGGAUUCCGAGGUGACGGAGAAUGCUUUCAACGAGCCAUCUCUUCCAGAUGGACUGCCACCAAUCGAGAACGGUGCCUCCACUGGAGAGGAGGAAGAGGAGGGAAUGGCUGUGCUGCCGCGACCCAAUGGGGAACAGGAGCCUGAGGAGCCUCAGAGGGACUGCCCGGGGUGUCAUGACUGCUUCUGUGGAUUGUGGGAGAAGUGCUGCAUAUCACCGUUGCUGGGAGGGCCACAGCCAUCCUGCACAUGGGUGGCCACUACAAAGCAGGAUAGCCGUUUCAUUCAUCGGUAUGGAGUUCUCUUUGAAGAAAACCGUGGGCACCCUGUGAUGCGCAGCGGGGCAACCUAUGAUAAAGAUCCGAAAACUGGAAAGGUAGAUCGUGGCAAGCUGAUCCCGAUAAAGGGCAGGCCAUUGUUCAUGAUACCCCAGUUCAAACGUCUCCACACAAGCAAGCCAGGAGGGCCGUACGUGCUGUACCGCUACCAGCUGCAAAUACUCACCAGGCCCCUGGACUACAUGAAGAUCGUCCUUCUGGGAUGCCUGGUCGGAGGUGUGGAUUCUGACAACAGCAUGGCCCAGGUGAUUGCCCUCUUCUGCAUCUCACUGCUCGCUCUCCUCCUCACCCGCCUGUCAAGGCCCUUCCCUUCCAGACUCGACAUGGCCGUCACCUUGCUGGCUGAGGCGGCAGACGUGGUCACCUUUGCCCUUGGCAUAGUCUUACUGGCGGGCCCAAACGAAGAUCGUGACUUUCGGCUGAGGAUAGGCACAGCGAUGCUGUGUGUGGAGGGCGUGGCCCUCCUGACCACCCUUGUUGAACACCUCAUCAUUGGCUUCGGCAUCUGCGGGUGGCUUCGAGGGAAGCACAGAGAGAAGAAAACAAAGCCAUCCAAAUUUGUGGCCGUGGUGGAGAAGGUGAUGAUGCAGAAUACCAGGCGACUGGAAAGAAAGUAUUUUGAGCGAUGGAUGGUGAAGGUGCUUAGGAGGGGGUUGCACAAUCGGCCACUGAGGGGGGAGGAGCGUUCCUGGAAGGAGAAUUUUGGGCACGGGUGGAAGCAGCUUACCGGGGAUGUGGGAAAGAGUGCCAAGGGGGUUCGCGCCAUUAACAGGAAGGUUGGCAGGAGCAGCCGCUCUCGCCUCAUCAACAGCGAAAGCCCAUCUUCCGCUCAUGGUCAAAAUGGAGCCGAGAGGGUGGCUCAUUGA